UAACCUUGACCUCAACCAUCACGUCCCAGCCUUCCCAACCUCAGAGAAUGUUUCACCACAGCACAGACCCAGUUGACUCGGAAGGAAAUGAACCCUGGCAAGUAGGUCUUGCCGCGCUGUUGCAUUGUUUGAAUGGUGCACAUCCGAUUCAGACAGUUCUAUACGUGCCCCAUCCCGGAUGAAGCUAAACGCUGUGGAUUUUGGAAGUGGGCGGACGAUCCUAUCCUAAGACGAGCUCAGCAGAACAGCAAGUCCGCCGUGGCAUCUGAAAAGGAUCGCGAAACGACCAACUUCUGCCCUACACCAGCAAUGUCUAGUUCUUCUCCACAAUAUGAGCAUGCGACCAUAAAUCGCACAUCCUCUGACCAACCUUCGCCUUCCAAGCGCCUGCGGCGGCUUGCAGGACCAUCUACAGAUUAUUCCCAUGCGGAGCUACCCAGAACACCUGUUCGCCCUACCCCGUUCAAGUCUUUCACCCCGUCACGCAAGCUCACACCUGAGCAAAGACAACGGCGGGAUGGAUUGAUGCGGUCUGCAAUGACACAGUUGCAAGGGCCUCCUAGUCCAAAUGGCACUCCUGGUAGCUAUCGCCCUGCACCGCCGCAUUCCAGUGCCGUCACGGCUCCAGAUCGAAAGCCCAGCUCGCAAGGUUCCGCCGUGCGACGUGAACCGAUCCAGGCACCACUCAGUCAAAUUCAAAAUGACAGUAAAGAUAUCAGUCAUCGGUUUUCACCCAAGCGAACAUGUCUCGAGGAAUCUGACUACGGAUCUGAACCUACAUCGCCGCAACCCUCUCUACACAGUGCUGGCAUCCAGACAAGUCCCAUCACUGAAGUGUCUACCGAGGAGUCAGAUGAGGAUCAAUACUGGGGUUCGCCUCCGACUGAAAGUGGCGUUAGUCAGUAUGCAACGCCUCGCCAGGUGCCUGAAACAUUGCCUGCUUUCUCGUCACCGCGGACUCCUGGUCCAUCUUCCUACUCUCAAGGACAUUCCACGUCCGGAGCCAGUUACCGCAAUGGUCUACUGACCCCACCGCGAAGUGCUGGUCUGGGUCUACAAUUCGGACCGCCUUAUACUAGCCAGGAACAGCCAGUGUCACCGACGAGGUGGAAGGGUAAGAGUAGGGACGUUGAUGAACUGACAAGACAAUGUCAGCACGUCGCGAACGAUCCGGAGAACCCCUUCGUAGAACAUGCUCCUACCUCCGAGAGCGGGCGUCUGUCUGCGUUGUACUCCUCUCAGGCUACUGAAUCCACGGUGACUAGAACACUGUCAGCCGACGCGGUUGCGGCAUACCUGGAUGGACUCGCCGAGCUCCCAGACUAUAUCAGAAAGCUUGAAAGGAAACAGGCGGCCGCGCAGAAGAGUCACGAGAUAAAGACCAGGAGAAUUGCAGAUUUAGAGGCAGAAAAUGAACGCCUAGUUGAACAGGUGAGAUCGCUCGAGGCGGAUUUGCGGGCGACAAAAUCAAGACGGUACUAGCAGGCCGGAUCUUACCUAUGAUACAUUCACGCCAUUUCCGUUCGCCUCACUCCGCUCUUACAGCAUUGCUGUCAGGUACCGUUACCUUUUUUCGCUGUGAAUUGCGACAUUACCACGCACUCGCCUCUUUCAAUGUUGCUGUCAUGCCGUAACUUAUCUUACCCCUUAU